GGCCGGGCGAAAAUCUGCGAAUGUGAUCCAUCCAAGGACGGAGGACCUGCCGCCUCCUUAAAUACAGGCCGGGCGAAAAUCUGCGAAUGUUUUAAAGUCAGAAUUCUGAGAAUAAAGUCAGAAUCUUGCCUCGGUUUUCUUUCUUCAAUGGCCCUAAUCCUCUUCCGUAUUACGUACGUACUACGUAGUCCGGAACCUUAUUUCUCCCGCGCUGUUUGCGUUCGAACAGCACUCGGCGGGCGAAAGACCAUUUUGUCGGUGAAGACAGGACAACUCGUUGGCAAGAUGCAUGUGAUUAAGAGAGAUGGCCGCCAAGAGCGUGUCAUGUUUGACAAAAUCACCUCGCGCAUCCAGAAGCUUUGCUAUGGCCUCAACUCGGACUUUGUGGACCCGGCCCAGAUCACCAUGAAAGUGAUCCAGGGCCUGUACAGCGGCGUGACCACGGUGGAGUUGGACACGCUUGCGGCCGAGAUCGCCGCCACGCUUACCACCAAGCACCCCGACUACGCCAUCCUGGCGGCGCGCAUCGCCGUCUCCAACCUGCACAAGGAGACCAAAAAGGUGUUCAGUGAAGUCAUGGAGGACCUUUUCAACUACGUCAACCCGCUCAACCGCCGCCACUCACCCAUGAUCUCCAAGGAGACGCUGGAUGUGGUGACGGAGCACAAAGAUCGCCUCAACUCGGCGAUCAUCUACGACCGCGACUUCUCUUACAAUUUCUUCGGCUUCAAGACCCUGGAGCGCUCGUACCUGCUCAAGAUCAACGGCAAGGUGGCGGAGCGCCCGCAGCACAUGCUGAUGCGGGUGGCGGUGGGCAUUCACGGCGAGCGCGUGGACGCGGCCAUCGAGACGUACAACCUGCUGUCGGAAAGGUGGUUCACCCACGCCUCGCCCACGCUCUUCAAUGCCGGCACCAACCGCCCGCAGUUGUCCAGCUGUUUCCUGCUGGCCAUGAAAGACGACAGCAUCGAGGGCAUCUACGACACGCUCAAGCAUUGCGCCCUCAUCUCCAAGUCGGCAGGCGGCAUCGGCGUGGCGGUCAGCUGCAUCCGCUCCACGGGCAGCUACAUUGCCGGUACCAACGGCAACUCCAACGGCCUGGUGCCCAUGCUGCGCGUCUACAACAACACGGCGCGCUACGUGGACCAGGGCGGCAACAAGCGUCCCGGUGCUUUCGCCAUGUACCUGGAGCCGUGGCAUUCCGACGUCUUCGACUUCCUGGAGCUGAAGAAGAACACCGGCAAGGAGGAACGCCGCGCCCGGGACCUCUUCUACGCCCUGUGGAUCCCGGAUCUUUUCAUGAAGAGGGUGGAGAGCAACCAGGACUGGUCGCUCAUGUGCCCCAACGAGUGCCCCGGCCUGGACGAGUGCUGGGGCGAAGACUUCGAGGAGCUCUACACGCGCUACGAGAAGGAGGGGCGGGUCAAGCGGGUGGUGAAGGCCCAGCAGGUGUGGUACGCCAUCAUCGAGUCGCAGACGGAGACGGGCACGCCCUACAUGCUCUACAAGGAUUCGUGCAACCGCAAGAGCAACCAGCAGAACCUGGGCACCAUCAAGUGCAGCAACCUGUGCACAGAGAUCGUGGAGUACACCAGCCACGACGAGGUGGCCGUGUGCAACCUGGCCUCCGUGGCGCUCAACAUGUACGUCACGGCCGAGCGCACGUACGACUUCAACAAGCUGGCGGCCGUCACCAAAGUCAUCGUCAAGAACCUCAACAGAAUCAUUGAUAUCAACUACUACCCGGUGCCCGAGGCGGAACGGUCCAACAUGCGUCACCGGCCCAUCGGCAUCGGCGUCCAAGGGCUGGCCGACGCCUUCAUCCUCAUGCGGCAUCCCUUCGAGAGCCCCGAGGCGCAGCUGCUCAACAUCCAGAUCUUCGAGACACUUUACUACGCAGCGCUGGAGGCCAGCUGCGAGCUGGCCGCCGAGCACGGCCCCUACAAGACGUACCAAGGCUCGCCCGUCAGCAAGGGGAUCCUCCAGUACGACAUGUGGCAGCGGACACCCACGCCGCUGUGGGACUGGGCGCUGCUCAAGGAGAAGAUCGCCAAGCACGGCGUGAGGAACAGCCUGCUGCUAGCGCCCAUGCCCACCGCCUCCACCGCGCAGAUCCUCGGCAACAACGAGUCCGUCGAGGCGUACACCAGCAACAUCUACACGCGUCGGGUGCUCUCCGGCGAGUUCCAGUGCGUCAACCCGCACCUGCUCAAGGAUCUCACUGAGAGGGGGUUGUGGGGUGAGGACAUGAAGAACCAGCUGAUUGCUAACAACGGCUCCAUACAGGAAAUUGCUGAGAUCCCCGACGACCUGAAGCAGCUGUACAAAACCGUGUGGGAGAUCUCCCAGAAGACGGUGCUCAAGAUGGCCGCCGACCGAGGGGCCUACAUCGACCAGAGCCAAUCGCUCAACAUCCACAUCGCCGAGCCCAAUUACGGCAAACUGACCAGCAUGCACUUCUACGGUUGGAAGCAGGGACUGAAGACGGGCAUGUACUACCUGCGCACCAAGCCGGCCGCCAACCCUAUCCAGUUCACGCUGGACAAGCAGAAGCUGAAGGAGACUUCCGCCCUGACCAACGGCACCACAGAGAAAAUUCCCGAGGAAGACGUCAAGGAGCGGAACACGGCCGCCAUGGUGUGCUCUCUGGAGAACAGGGACGAGUGCCUCAUGUGCGGCUCUUGAAGGCCAUUCCACUUGUCCUGUUGAACGGCAGUCAUUUUGUUCUUAUGUGUUAAUAUUCAUUCAAUAAAAAACUUCACAUAUCUUUAACAAUAAGUGGUUACCAUGCUUCUGGAGAUUUACCUGAGGUCUAUUACGGAACAAGGUAAAAGCAUACAAAAAUUUAAGAAUUAAUUUUAUUUUUUUUAUAAAAUGAAAACAUAAUUUACAUUUUAAAUGUACACUUGUUACAACCCAGAGCCAAUAAUAACAGUACCUGCUCCUCACAUCCUCACUGUUGUAUGCGUUACAACCAAAAAAUAAAUUAUCAAAACAUAGAAAGGAAAAUUGUACAUUACCGUUACUGAUUUGUUCAACAUGGAUCACCGUAGGCUAUAAAUAGCUUCAUCAUACAUUAAAAAAAAAAAAGCAAUUAUAUUUAGAAAAACCCUUUUUUUACAUGAGAAAAACAAGAUGAAGACACCACGGAGGAAUUAAUGUGAUUUUUCAUCUGCAGGGUUGGGAAACCCAGACUUGCCAAACGUCAUAUUCAACAUUUCCCACCAGAAGAAAGAAGCCUUAAAGGGAAAGCCAGAAUGGCAAAGAGCUAGAUGCUAUUUUUAUAUCCUCAAAUAGUACCUGUGGCGGUGUAGCCUUUAGGUCCAGUAUCAUAAGGAACCUGGGCCAAGUAUUCAAACAGUUCCAGUCAUCGCAAACAGUGUUAU